GAUGAAAUUUUACUCUUGGACUCUUUGCAGUUGGUUUCGUAAGAAACACGCUCAGGCAGAGACUCUGGUGCCCAUACCUCCUAGCCCAGAAACAAAGGACAAGUGGAGAAGUAUGACGGCGGUGCCUUAUCUGGAAGAUCUGCAUGGCUACAAUGAGGACGAAGAUGAUGACUUGUAUGACAUUGAAGAUGAUAUCAUCUACACUCAGGACUUCACAGUACCAGGACAGGUGCCUGAGGAGGAGGCAGGGCAGAACGGGCAGAGCCGUGGCCGGGGGCUGCCCAAGGCCAUCUGCAUGAACGGGACGGAACCGGGACAGCUGAGCACCAAAUCCAAGGCGGAGCGUCGGGCCAGCGCCUCCUCCAACCCCUCGCGCAAGGCCUGCUCUGCCAGCAGCAAGAUCCGCAAGCUCUCCACCUGCAAGCAGCAGUGAGCCGGGAGCGCCGCGCUCUGCACAGUGUCCCAGCGUCCUCCCACCGCUCAGCGUCUCCUGGGGGCAGCCUGUGCUCACCGAGGACCCCCACCAAGGAACCCUCCCUGCCCCCCCCGGCCCUCGCUAUGGACAGUGCCCGGAGCCCAGCGCUGCGGGGAGCCCCCACAGCCCACCUGGGAUGGAGGACCCCCGGCUGGGGGGGGGAACCUGCCCUCCUCCCCAUCACUCUUUGCCAAUCAAGACACUGAUUCUCUUUUUAAUUUCACGAUGGAAGAGUGGGAUGAGCGGGGCUGGGGGGUUUCCCCCCCCUUGCCCUGGCUGCGUAGAAGUCGUGCAAAGCCAUUGCCGUGCACUUUAUGUUUUAGACUACUGUUAUAUAUUAUAUAUUUUCCUCUUUUUUGUUUUGUUUUGUUUAUAUUUGCGGUAUAUUUAGAGAUUCCUACACAUCGUGAUGUGUUUAAAAUAAACCAGAUGAGGAAAACAACAACAACAAAAAACAAAAAACCAACCCAGGUAUUACGACAAAGCAAAACUCUAUUAAACCUGCAUGCUGUAAAGGGCUCGGAAAAGGGAAUGGGUGCGUUCAGCGUC